GCAAGUGCCGGAUGGGAAGCUAAAAUCUUCAAAACUUGUUCCGAAAUAUUUUCACCGGAAGUCGCCAUUUUACCCAGAAUGCAGCACAUCUUCAACUUCCGCCUUCCAUGACGACAGAGUUCAAGAUGACUGAAACAAUAUGAGUGCAGUUGAUGUAUCUAACAGACAUAUGGGAGGCCCUACCCCACCAGGCAGUGCUCGCACUGAUAUAUCCAAGUCUGUUUCAUUACCAACUAAAGGUAAUUUACCGCCACUAAGAACCAGUGAGACAGCAUUAGAGAAAACUAAACAAAGUGAUUUCAUCCCAAAUGAUGUUCUUUUUGCCCUAACUCAACCCCCUCCCCCACAAGACCAGUUAGGACCACCGUCACGCUUCAGAAACUUAAAUACAAGCACAACUACAUCAAGGAAGGCCCCUGCUGGAGUAUGGCACCACCAAAGACGUGAUAAGUUAAAACAUCUAACAGAUCAGACCCCAUGUGUCUGUGGAGCAGGCCAGGAUAUAUCUUUCCUGUAUGAUGUGCCAGUCUCUGAGAAAAGGCUUGAUAAACCACCAGUUCAAGAUGAUAGCUAUGUGAGAGCAGUAGAGAAACAUAGUGAUGAACGUAGACAGGCUAUGAAGCUACCAGACACAUUGAUCCCAGAAGAGUACCAUAUUGUCAAGAACAAGGGGGUUAUGGGCCUAGAGUACCAUGAUGAGAAGUUUACUACACAACCUCAAGAUCAUGAGAAGCAUCUUGUUGUUUUCCCGUCAAUGAAUCCAGGUAGUCGCUAUGAAGUGCUGCAACUGAAGGAGACUCUGAUGGAAAUGUUGCAAAAGGCUGGGAUUAAUGAUGAAGAGAUGGAAGUAAAAGGUCUCACACAGAUGCACAACCUGCUUGAGUUGAUCAAGAAAGAACAGAACAUCUACAACAUGGUGUUCCAUGAGCUUAUACGUCAAGUCACCGUGGACUGCCAAGAGAGAGGAGAACUUCUCGCAAACUUAAGAGGACGUUACAAUGAACUCUUGAACAAAGUGCCAAGACAAAUUAAAAGCCUGCAUGAGGAGGUUAUGGCCCAGAGGGCAUUGGAUAGAAGACUGACAGAGGAACUCAUGCGAUUUAAAUCAACCAUAGGUGUUCUCACAAGUGAGUUGACAGAGGUUAAACAACAUGACAAGAGAGUCACAUUUGAGGCCCAGCAAGCACAGGAAGGGCUUAAAUCAGCUUUGGCGGAGUCUCGUAAGAAUGCCAGUUUAUUGGCUGAGUACCAUGACUUGUAUGAACUACAGAGGAAACGUCUUGAGAAACAGGUUGGCAUGUUGGCCGAAGAGAAAGAAAUCUGGAGCACAGCGGCUUACAGUCUUGCAUUGAAGGUCACUGAAGAAUGCCAACUAAACACAGCAAAACGCAUGCACAUCAGUGAGAAAUCUUGGGCAAAACUUGCAAAUCAUUUCACAAUCCUCCUCAGUGAUAAGGACACUGAAUUGUUAGCGAAGCUUCAAGGUUAUGUAGAAACCUGGCAUGAUUUAAUGGAGCAGUUUAACGGGAGUGCGAUAUCACGAGAGGAUGAUAUGAAACAGCAAGUGGUGAAAGUGAGAUCAGGUUUUGAGAAGUGGAUGCAGGACUUCCACCAUAAUGUAUUUACAAAAACAGGCCAAGUUGCGAAUGCACCUGAUGCUACAAAAAUAAAAGAGAUUUAUACUGAUAUUAAAGACUGGGAAUUGACACUGAGCCAACAAGUAGAGAAAUUUAGUGGAGAUACAUUACUGUCAAGCCAAGACCUCCUACAGAAUUUGCGCCUACAGAUGCAUGGCUGGACAGAAUGUGCUUUGAAGGUGUUUGGACGUCAUCAUACAGAUUCAGGGGAGAAUUAUCCCGACCAUGAGGAUAUGUUGAAAAUGAAUGAAGAAGUGGAGCUUUUACUACAACAAUUCUAUGUGAGGCUGACAGGAGAGAAUGGGACAGCUAGGGGUAUAAUACACUUGGUCAACUCACUGGAGACAUGGGACAACAAACUCAAUGCUGUCAUGCACGGGUCCAACCCUCUUCCUGAUGCUGAAUGGCUCAGAUUCUAUCAGUUGUUAGAUGACUGGGUACUAAGUAUCAAUGAUACCCUUCAGUAUAUAGGAGGCACACAGAAGGAAGAUGAUCGUGAGCAGGGAGGCAUGCAUAGGAAUGUGCUUGUGAGUGAUGUAUUCAGGUGGAGUCAAAAGUGGUUGUCAUCUGCCACAAAUGGAAUUGACAGUGAAGAUGCUAAACUUGUUGAACAAGUGACGACCCUACAUACAGAGAUGGUGAAAUGGAUGGUGCAGAUGCUCCUCCGAUUGGCUCCAGACAGACCGGACAGUUCCAAGGAAGCUAAGGAUGCCGUGUUGCUUGGUAGCGCCCCAUUGACAAAAUUACAACAAAAUGCGACGUCAUUAUUUGAACGACUUGAUCAUUUUACGAUUUAUGUCUCGGAGUGUUGCAAUGGGAUUGUGAUGACUGCCAUGCAGAUGAAGAUUGAUGCACAUGAGGAUGGUGCUGACCAUGAGUUCAGGGACCUUAAAAGAAUGCAGACCGAAUGUGAUGAGUGGGUCCAUACAGCUAAGAUGCUACUAGCUGAACUACUUGGCCAACCCGUCCCACUGCCUGAGCAUAUUAAGAAGAAGGUAGUGGAAGAGGUGAAGAAACCACAGCCUGAAAUCACAUUUGUUGAUAAAGAGAAACUUAUCACUCCAGGAGAUGAGCAAGAAAAUGUGCCAAAGACCGAUGGAGCUACAGAGGGUGGCAAAGAUGUGGAUAAAGAUCCUGCAGCACCUCCUACAUCCACUGAUGAACCUGCUGAGCCAGCCAAGGAACCAGAGCAACCAACAGCUUCUAAUGACUCGCCUGAACAGGUUAACACACAGCCACAGGAAGAUACAAAGCUGCAGGUUAUAGGGCAGGAUGAUAACACACACUUUAAAAAAUUAGAAGAACCCACCGCCAACCAGCCCCCAAGUCAAAACAUACCCCAAUCUAGUAACAUCGGAGAGAGACUACCAGACACUAAUAAAGCCUAUGAAGCCCUUGCGGCUGUGGACAAUUUACAAGAUCAACUCCUAGCAACGGAAGAACGUGCCCAAUUAGCAGAGGAUAAAUCUCUAAGAUCUGAAAAGGAAUUAAAAGAUGCUCUUGAGCAAGUUCGUGCUUUACAACGUCGAUUAGAAAAAUAUGAAACUGUUGAGGAUGAAACAGAGGAAAAAACAGAAGAUCCGAAAACUGAGACUGCAAAACAAGCAACAGCUUCACCAAGAGCUACUUCUAAGUCGCCCACUCCCGCUGAUAGGUUAACGAAAACGAAAUCGGGAACAAAAAAGAAGAAAAAAUAAAUAACUGUGACGUAACAUUCCAUCCAUGUUUUUUGAUAUAUACCAAUCAUCUGUAAUAUGUUGAAUUGAUAUUUUUAUGCAAUUCUUAUUGAUAUGUUUAAUAUACAUUUGAUAGAAUAAAUGUCCUAAAUGUAUUUUAGAUUAAAGUCAAUCUCAUAUACAUAUAUUUAAAUAUGUUGAAUAGUAUUCAAAAAUUCUUUAUGAAUGGGCAUUGAGUCAAAAAUUACUAAAUUUCAAAAAUUUUCUCAUCUAAAAAUUAUUUGACAAUGUAAAAAUCCUUACAUUUGUCAAAAAAAUAAUGUUGACUAUUAUUGACUAUAUAUUUUUAUUUAUAAACUACAUAGUAUACAGUACAUAAAAUGUAAUGAUAAAUGUAUUGAAACUUUAUAAGUGCCUUUUCACUUACUUUCCAAUAUACAUAGAGUAGUGCAGUUUCAAUUCCGUCCAGCAAUUGCCAUUGAUUGCAUUUCAAAUAUGAAAAAAUAUUUCAAAGUUUAUCUAUAUACAAUAUCGGUCUCUCUGUAUAUAAUGUAAUGAUAAUAAUGUAUAUAGAACUGUACAUAUAUUUUAUAAUGCACUAAGAAUUGUUGAAUUAAUUCUCAUGUUCAUUUACUGUAUUUGUGAAAUUUAUCAAAUUGGUCAUGAUUUCUAUUUUUAUGCCAAACUGCAAACCUAUGAAAUCUACAUGUAUCCUCUAAAAUAGAUCAUUCUAGUAAAUCAUGACCCUUUUUGGUGAUGAAUGGAACUAUAUAAGAUCGAUUUUUGGUGACAUAAUUU